AUGAAGCACAGUUUGUUCACCUAUUCUCUGCUUCCUCACACGAUCGUUGCCGGGACGCCGCCCCUUCUCAUCGAACUACACCUUCAAUCAACCGGCGAAUUCAUCUACCACUCCACCUCCGGUCGAUCGAUCCUCUCCAUCUCGCCCAUCUGCAUCCCGUCACCCUCCUCCAUCCCGGCCUCAUCUUCUUACCGACGCGAACGCUGCCCAAUGCUAACUCCACCACCACCGGAACACCAAGGAAAGGGGUUUUCUCCCUCUAGUCAUCGCCCAUCACGCAUCUCCUUCCUCUUCUCAUCUUCUUUCCACGAUAAGCCUUCAAGCUUCCAACAGCAGCUCCACCACAUCUCUUCCAUAUCCGCUCUUCGAUCUAUGAGUUCUUGGGCUUUCCCAGCUUCGUAUUCGAUCUGGACAGCUAUCUUCUUCAUCCAUCUUCGAUCCAGCAGCCUUCUCUUCUUCGCCAAGUUCGCAGCAAUUCCCUUCACCACCAGACAGCUUCAUAUGCACUUCACAGAAAUUGGUAUCAUGCAGGAUACCAAGAGAAAAUGUUGCAUUAGCCACAACAACCAAGAGCAAAUGUUGCAUUCAAAACCAUCUUUUAAUCUUUUGACAGCGUUGGCGGCAACGAUCUCAGCCACAAGAUCGUGGUGUGUGUCCAAGCCGGGAAUGACAACGGAGAAACUCGUGGCGAACAUCAACUAUGCUUGCGGUAGCGGCUUAGCAGAUUGCAAAGCGAUACAGGAAGACGGCCCAUGCUACUCCACGGACGUAAUCAAAAUAGCAAGCUACGCCAUGAAUGCCUACUACUACGGCGCCGGCCACAGGGAAAUCAACUGCUACUUCGAUGGUAGCGCCCUCAUUGUCCAGCGUGACCCCUCUUACGAUGACUGCAUAUAUCCUUAAUGAAGCAAACUGGAUCCUUCGUGAAGCAAUCUGGAUUGCUUGAGGAUAUGAUGGAGUUUGAGGUUUAGUUUGGUCGCACCAAAAAAUAUAAA